AUGGCUCUGCCACAUUUAAUGUGUCCAGACUGCUAUAUAAUAGAGGCCACAGGCCAAACCCAGAAUCUCAUGCAGAAAUACUCACCUAUCUAUCAGCAGUACCAACCAGCACCAGAAGAGAAGGUGUGGGAUUUGGAAACAAGAUAUAAUAGAGGCCACAGGCCAAAUCCAGAAUCUCAUGCAGAAAUAGUCACCUAUCUAUCAGCAGUACCAACCAGCACCAGAAGAGAAGGGAGCAGACGGGGGAGCUGCAAACGGCCAGUGUUGGUUCUUCAGAAUGAAGCACUUUAUCCACAGCGGCGCUCUUAUACUAGUGAGGAUGAAGCCUGGAAAUCCUUCCUGGAAAACCCUCUCACUGCAGCAACCAAAGCGAUGAUGAGCAUCAACGGAGAUGAAGACAGCGCAGCUGCUCUGGGUUUGCUCUAUGACUAUUAUAAGGUUCCAAGAGAGAGAAGGUCAUCAACAGCAAAGCCAGAUGCUGAGCACCCAGAGCCAGAUCAUAGCAAAAGAAACAGCAUACCAGUUGUGACCGAGCAGCCCCUCGUUUCUGCCGGAGAAAGCAGAGUGCAAGUACUGAAAAACGUGCCCUUUAACAUUGUCCUUCCCCAUGGCAACCAGCUGGGCAUUGAUAAGAGAGGCCAUCUGACAGCUCCUGACACAACAGUCACUGUCUCCAUAGCAACACUGCCUACCCACUCCAUCAAGACAGAAACCCAGCCACACGGCUUUGCUGUGGGAAUCCCCCCAGCAGUGUAUCAUCCUGAGCCCACUGAGCGGGUGGUAGUUUUCGACCGGAACCUUAAUACUGACCAGUUCAGCUCUGCCGCUCAACCCCUCAAUGCGCAAAGGCGAACUCCGGACUCUACCUUCUCAGAGACCUUCAAGGAAGGCGUUCAGGAGGUUUUCUUCCCCUCGGAUCUCAGUCUGCGGAUGCCUGGCAUGAAUUCAGAGGACUAUGUUUUUGACAGUGUUUCUGGGAACAACUUUGAAUAUACCCUAGAAGCUUCCAAAUCGCUUCGACAGAAGCCAGGAGAUAGCACCAUGACAUACCUGAACAAAGGCCAGUUCUACCCUGUUACCUUGAAGGAGGUGAGCAGCAGUGAAGGAAUCCAUCAUCCCAUCAGCAAAGUUCGAGUAACUGACUAUAAAGAAAGCUUCAAUACCAUCAGUAACAUUGAGGAGAUUGCCUAUAAUGCCAUUUCUUUCACUUGGGACAUUAAUGAUGAAGCAAAG